CGCCGUGGCCCAUGGCUUUGACGAACGGCAGGCGCCCCUCCCCGGGUUUCCCCACAACGUCACGCGCUAUUGCGAGUCAUGCGAGGUUUGCCGACGCUGCAAAUCCCGCAACCAUCGUCCAUACGCAUACAGCGAGUUGCGACCCCAGUCCCGUUGCGGCGAAGGGAAGCGAUUGCCAUGGACAUUACCGGCCCGUUCCCCAAGCACAAGACCGGAGUGGAUGGGAUUCUCACGGUGGUCGACCUACUCACCAAGUUCGCCAUGUUUCUGCCUUGUCGCUAUCAUGCCAAGGCACCGGAGUUGGCCGAGGUUCUCUACGCCGGUUGGAUUCGGACCAAGGGUUACCCCAAGGAAAUCGUCUGCGACUGCGACACUCGGUUCAUGUCCGAUUUUUGGUUGGCACUCAUCAAGCGAUGGGGCUCAUCUCUCAAGCCCAGUUCAACUCGCCACCCUCAAACCGAUGGCCAGACGGAGAGGGCGCAUCAGACCACACAGGUUCUCCUUCGCACUCUCAUCCGCCCCGACCAGAAGGACUGGGUUGAGCGGCUGCUCGAUGUCGAGUUGGCCUACAACUCAUCUAUCCACCCGGCUAUCAGGAUGUCGCCCUUUGAGUUUGAGCACGGCUCGCCGGUCACUUCACCGUUGGACACUAUUACUCCACGAACGGUCGAGAGAGACGACCAUCUUCUUUUCUUGCGUCGAAUGCAAGAGCUUCUUGUCAAGGCACGCGAUCAGAUGGCUAAGACGCAGCAGCGCAUGAGCCAACAGGCCAAUCGCCAGCGUCUUCCUUGCCCAUUCUGCGCAGGCGACCUUGUUUGGGUUUCCGCAGCGGAAUUCAGCCUUGAACAAGACAUCUCUCGCAAGCUCCUCCCGAAAUGGAUGGGGCCUUGGCCGAUCGUAACGCCCGCUGGGGACGCACACGAGGGACCUUCCUUCACGAUUCAGCUGCCUGGCCACUUGCCGGUCUACCCAGUCUUUCAUUGCUCCAAGUUGGCUCUUUACACGCCAACGGAACAUGACGAUUUUCCCAGGAGACGUACGCAAGACCCACCUUCUAUGGACGGUUUUCAGGAGGUCAGCUACAUCAUCUCCCAGCGACGCUACGGCAACAAGCCAACUGAGUAUUUGGUGCACUUUGCAUACUGCACACACCGAGCCGACCGCUGGUUAACCCGUGCGGAACUUCAAGCAACAGCUCCAGACGUUCUCGCACGCUAUGAACGCAAGAUGCAAGGCAAGCCGGUUUCUUCGGUUCCACGCCGCGCCCGCGUCCAGGUUCCACCUUCAGAUCGUCGGCUUCGCCCUCGCCCCGGCUUGACUUCAUAAGGAGGGGGGGGUGUUACAUGCUGCGCCUGCACACGCAGGCCAUUUUCCAGGCCCUGAGCCCUUCAGCCAAAAAGCCUAGAAUUCAGCCUGAAAACAGGGGCCUACAGUCCCUGUGUCRUUUCAAACUAAAAAUGGCAAGAGCCUUUUUAGCCUGAAACAAAGGGCUAUUUUCGGU